UUUGAAAUUGUCUUUCUUUGGGUUGAAAUCAUGAUAGGAUGGAGUCUUUGUUUCGCUUUUAACAAAUUUAUUGCGCUUGAUUUGACUUUGAUUAAAUAGUAGGCUUUUUCACAUGAUGUUAAUUAGGUUCAAAUUAAUUAUUUUUAUUCACACCAAAACUUCGAAACCACAGAUCUUCUAAGCCUAUUUUUCAACUGCAGGGGCUUAGCGUGAGCAAGACAAGAUAAUAAAUAAUCAUUAGAUUUAUUAAGAGUAGAAUCUAGGGUCUAAUCAUCAAUAAUAACCCAACUGUGCUUGAUCUACUUUUCAGUCCGCUGCCAAACUGACCGCUGUGACUGUCAAGCUGUAACUGGUUAGAAAAGGGUGCGUGAGAGCUUCCAACAUCUCCCCCCUGGUGAUCUGACCGUUUACGGCAUGGCGUCUGAUACUCCUGGCAGUCAUGGCUCGCAGGCAGCACGGGAUGACUUACUUCCUUCUCGUGUGUGGGUGGAGAACGCCGGUACUGAAGCCAAGCCCCAAGAGCCGGCUGACACAAUGUCGCUGUCUGCGGCAUCGGCGCUGUUUCGAGAGAACUUUGGCAACUAAGCUGCAACCGCACAGCAUCAUGCGCAUGUUGGAAUUUGCCCGCAUCGUUUCGUGGUACGAUCCGGCCUCGGAACGACCUCGCACCUUCAUGGACAUGGACAAGCUAGACAGCGUUUUCUUCAUGGUCUCCCUGAAGGUCAAGUUCAGCGAGGAAGUGUACAACCCCGCGCUGGAAAAGCGUCCCGCGCACAUCAACUCGGAGGUCACGUUUCUCGGCAACAUGAGUUUCACCAGCAAAGACCACCUGUACGUGGGUGAGAGCGGCGACAGCCAUCUCCUAGAGGGAGACGCGCAGUUUGUAUUCAUCGACUUGAUGAGCCGAAAACCCACGACACCACCCGAUUGGUUCAGAGAGAAAUACGCUCGGGAGGUACGAAGCGGCGGGGAGCCCUUGAUCGUACCGACGCUUCACGUUCCUGAGUCAGUGACCGUCCUGGAGGACACGUACUCCAUCGCCCCCAGUGACCUUGACCCCAACAUGCACGUGAACUGGACCAACUAUGUCAGACUCUACAUGGACUCCCUCAUCAAGUGGCACGUGCGAACCUAUGGGUUCGAGACCAACGGAGACCCGUUCCGUCGCGUCAAGACGCUGCAGCAGAACUUCCGCGGGGAGUCGAGGCUCGGGGACACGCUGAACGUCUCCUUCUGGCAGAACAAAACCAACCAGGACAAGUUCCACUUCCUGGUGCGCAAGUCCUCGCGGGUCAUCAACGAGUGCACGAUGGAGUUUUAUCCUCAGGAGAAGCGGAGUAGUAAAUUGUGAAUGUUACGUCUUUAUCUUGGAGAUAGAUAUAGAUAGAUAUGUGUUUGUGUGUGUGUGUGUGUGUGUGUGUGUGUGUGUGUGUGGUGUGUGUGUGUGUGUGUGGCUACACACAUAUACACAUACACACAGGAGAAACAAAGUAGUAAAUUGUGAAUGUUACGUCUUUGUACUGUGGAUAGAUAGAUCUAUAUUUGUGUGUGUGUGUGUGUGUGUGUGUGUGUUUGUUUGUGUGACUGGCUUUGCUGAAGUGAGAGGUUACAUGCCUGCGUUCACACUUACACGCAAAUACACAUACACACGCAGGAAAAGAUAAAAAUAGGGGCGAUGCCACUGACUGUAGUGUCUUUAGGCCAU